CAUAACAAUGGCAUAAACUAUGCUUAUGCGAAUAUAAACAUCCAACUCCUUCAUACUUUUACACAUAAGAUUCAUUUUGCACAAAAGAAAGAAACAUAACUUGUGGAAUGAAACUAACAUCCACUCUAACUUUAGGGGCCAUAAGUAAACAACUUUCUUUCUCUUAUAUCAUCAAUCUACAAUAGGAGAGAGAAGUAGGAGAGGUUAAAAUCUCUCUCUCUCUCUCUUACACUUACCCACUGAAACCAACAAAACAAAGGUACUCUUUAGGUGCUUUAUAAUUAUUACUCUUGUAAUCAAGCUCCUUGAUAGAAGCAGAAGCAGCAGCAACUACAAAGCAAAUUGAUUAUUCUGCUACUGAUGCAAACCUUUCAUCACUUUAUAUAGCAAAUAAUCAGGAGAAAGAGAGUCGUUUUUUUUUUCUUUAACUUCGCUUCCCUUCAAGUUUCAUGAUCAGUUUCAGUAACCUCUUCACCUUUAUCACUCAUCAUCAAUAUCGUCAUCUCUAACAGAAGAAGAAAAGAGUAUACCUUUUUUUUUUGAUAUGGGGAGCACAUCAAGAAGAAGCAAUUAAAAGAGCUCCAGCUACUUUUUUAGCUAUGUUGUCUUGAUCUAACACUCAAAAAUCUUUGUAAGAUUUGUGGGUUGUUGCAGAAACACAAGAAAUCAGUUCGAGUGAAAAUCAAGAAAUGGAUUCAUAUGAAGCAACAAGAGUUGUGUUCACGAGGAUCCAAAAUUUGGAUCCUGAAUACGCUUCAAAAAUCAUGGGUCUUCUCCUAAUUCAAGAUCAUGGCGAAAAAGAGAUGAUUCGAUUAGCUUUUGGGCCUGAAUCGUUAGUUCACUCUGUGAUUAUGAAAGCUCGUAAGGAACUUGGCAUUCCGUCGAGCAACGCGCCGUCGACACCUUCUUCUCCGGCGUCGCCGUCGCCGUUCAGUUCUUCCCACAGUCUCUCCCGGCAAAACUCGGGGAAUUCUUCGACUGCUUCAAGGCUUGUUAAUGGCGGAGUUACUAAUCUCCCGUCGCCUCUCAGUAUCCCGAGCUUGUCAUCUUCGUGGACGAACUCUAAUUUCUCUGAUUUUCAACCCGGUGAAGACCACCAUCUGAAUUCCUCAGCCCCGCCGUUUUACGGCGGAAGUAGUGAGCCUGAUCUGAUUGAUGAAUUACAAAUCCAAGACCAGCUUUCUUUUCUCAACGAUAGUUCUCCCACUCUCGGCCCUAAACCCACCGAUUUUUUCUACCCGGAUUUGAUGUCCCCUAACGGCAGCGGUGACAUGUACUCACCAUGGAGCGGCGGCGGCGGAGGAGGUGGCGGCGGCGGUGGUGGUGGUGGUCCACACCGCCGGAGCUCAUCUGCUAACGAUAUUUUAUUCGGUGGAGGUGGUGAAGACCCUAACGGUUGGAAACCAUGUCUUUACUUCGCUAGAGGCUACUGUAAAAACGGAGCUAGUUGCAGGUUCACUCACACCGCCGGCGGCGAAGCUGAUAUCGCUGCCAUGACAGUUGGCUCCUUGAGCAAACUCGAUGUCAUGGAACAGUGCCAAGAGCUUCUCCGAUCUAAAUCCACCCACCAACAACGGUUGCUCAUGGCUGCCGCCGGUUCUUCUCCGAACUUCCCCUUCCCAAACAGCCCGAAAUCCAUGAACUUUCUCCUCCAGCAGCAACCUCUCCAAUCAGAUAGCCCCAGGAUCGCCGCCGCCGCCGCCGCCGCCGCGGCAUUAAUGAUGGGGGAGGAGAUGAACAAAUUCGGCCGGUCAAGGCUCGACCGGAGCGAUUUCUCCAUGGGUAUGCUGAAUCCCGGUUCACGGCAAAUCUACUUAACUUUUCCGGCGGAUAGUACUUUCAGAGAAGAAGACGUUUCCAAUUACUUCAGCAUGUAUGGACCAGUUCAAGAUGUUCGGAUCCCAUAUCAACAAAAACGAAUGUUCGGAUUCGUCACAUUUGUUUACGCAGAAACUGUGAAACUCAUACUCGCGAAAGGAAACCCACAUUUCGUAUGCGACGCUAGGGUUCUUGUAAAACCCUACAAAGAAAAGGGUAAAGUUCCCGAUAAGUUCAGAAAGCAACAGCAACAACAAAUCGAUCGAAGCGAGUUUUCCCCAACUGGGUUUGAUUCACGCGACCCUUUCGAUCUUCAGAUAGGAGCGAGAAUGUUGUACAACAGUCAAGAUCUGCUAUGGCGGAAAAAGCUUGAAGAACAGGCGGAUCUGCAACAUGCAAUCGAGCUUCAAAACAGGAGAAUCAUGGAUCUGCAACUUCUUGACGUUAAACGGAGCCACCACCAUCACCACCGUGCACUGUCCACCGGCGCCGCCAUUCCUUCACCCACCUGUUACUCUCCGAGCUACCUGAAUCACUCGCCGGUUUUUGCUUCUGAUACCCGCAGCAGUUCCAGUCCAGAUUCCGAGGAUGGUUUGAUGUCUAAAAUGGUUACACCUGUAACUAUCAAUGUCGAUGAGACAUUAGAGGUAAAUUUAAACCUGGAGAAAGAGAAGGAAUCUUUGGAGAUUAAUAAAAAAGAUGAAAAUAGUAAUGGAAAAUCAAGCCCUCAUCAUGAAGAAGAUAUUGAUUUGCCUGAAAGUUUGGAGCAUAAUCUCCCAGAUAACCUUUUUGCAUCACCCAAAGCAUCCGUUUUCCGGCAACAACUUGAUCACCUCACCAUUGCUUCCGGCAACUUCGACUUUGGACUUAGCUUCUUUGAAAUCAUGUUACUUUCAGUUUCCGAGGUUUUCUUCAGGUCACGGUGCGAUUGGAAUGUAGUCUUAAAUUUACGGUCUUUUAGCUUCCUUAGUGUAGGAAGAAGAUGAAUAUAUGUAAACAAGAAAGGAAAUACCCAGAUGAGAUCUUUAGUAAAAUCAUCUCCACCAAUAACCACCACCUCCACCUUCUGCCGCCACCACCAUCACCACCACCAAUACUACUUACUACCAUACAAAAAUUAUAUAGGUAAAAAGAAUGAUGUAAAGGGUGUCUGGAUCCUGCCUCCACCUCACCUUCUUGUUGUAACCUUUUAUCAUUCUAGUUGAAUUAAAAUUAAAAGAUUAAAAGACACCAUUUAAAGGAGCAUGUGAUAGAGUCAAGAAAAGAAAAGAAAAAAAGAAAAAGUCAAAAUGUAUGUAGCAGUGAUUCCAGGGGUGGAAAAUUACAGUCGUACCCCUGGGGUGUAGUGUGUUUAUGUUAGAAGAGAAGAGAAGAGAAGAAGAGCGUUUGAUGUGGACUGUACAGCUGCUGAGGAAGCAAGGGGCAAAUUUGUAAAAGCAAGUGGUGUGGGGGAGGGGGUGGGUGAGGUAGAUGAGUGAGUUUAGUGUUAAAAAGAAGUAGAAAAGAAAUGGUUGGCUUUAUACCAUAACUAGUUAAUGUUAUUAUGUAUGUAUGUAUACAACAUCAUGAUCAUGAUCAGGCUAUGAAUAGACAUGACAAUCAAGAAAUGACAAACAAAGAAACGGCUUUUAUUUUAUUUUAUUUUAUUUUAUUUUGUUG